UGGUGGCGGUUUCUGUGAAACACAUAGCCAGUGUCCACUCAGUUAGCCUACAUGUCCAGAGCCAAAUUUAGCAAUUUACACAACACGAGUAUUGGACGAGUACAUCAAGGGCGAUCAUGUCAGGAAUUAAAAGAAAACUAGAAGGAAAUGAUCCAGACUAUGAAGAUAUUUCGCUGCUUCAAAAUAAUAAGAGAAACAAAACUGCUGAAUAUAAUGCUCGAGAAGCAACAGUCCAGAAGAUUGAAAGCAUCAUCAGAGAGCAGUUUUCUUUAGAAAUGAAGAAUAAAGAACAUGAAAUAGAUGUGAUAAGUCAGCGUCUAAAUGAAGCCAGAAGGAUGAUGGACAAGCUACGGGCUUGCAUAGUGGCCAAUUACUACGCUAGUGCUGGAAUCACAAAGCUCCCAGAGCACACGCAAAAAAGUGACCCUUCCGUGUUGAACCAUCCAGCCAUUCGCCGGUUUCUGGACCCUCCGUCCCGUUCCUCUUCCCCUCUGAACCAGGACUCAGAGACUCCCUCAUUGGGCCUUUCAGAGUCUGAGUCUCUCUCGCAACAAGGAGAAGGAGCUGAGAAGAACGAGGAGGGAGCAUGGAGGGAGGACAGCUGCAGGCAGGAGCGCAGGCCUGGACGCAACACCGGCAAAGACACAUUUGGUGUGCCUUCGUCCAUGGGAGCAGAGCAGAGGGUGACCUACCACUCUACCGGAGAGGAAGCCUCUAGACUCUAUGUAAAGAAGACCAUUGUUGUGGGAAACGUUUCAAAGUACAUCCCUCCAGACAAGCGUGAAGACAAUGAUCAGUCAACACACAAGUGGAUGGUUUAUGUCCGAGGCUCCAGGAAAGAACCGAGCAUCGACCACUUUGUGAAAAAAGUCUGGUUCUUCUUGCAUCCCAGCUACAAGCCCAACGAUCUAGUGGAAGUCAGCGAGCCUCCCUUUCAUUUAACGCGCCGGGGCUGGGGGGAGUUUCCUGUGAGGAUCCAGAUCCACUUCAAAGACUCUCGCAACAAACGCAUCGACAUCAUCCACCAGUUGAAGCUGGACAGAACAUACACAGGACUACAGACACUUGGGGCAGAAACUGUGGUUGAUGUGGAACUUCAUAGAGAUUCUCUUGGGGAAGACUACAUUCCUCAGCCUUCUUUCUCCAAGGUGGCUCAAAGGACAGCCAGCCCCAUGUCAUCCUCUCCCCUGGCCCAAACUUAUGGACGCUCAAGUUCCCCCAUCUCUCAUGACUGCAGCGCUGACAAAGGUUCUAUCAAAGCUGAGACCGCGAGAUCUGCAGGUGGUCGCACUUCAGGCCUCACUGCUGGUGAACGGACGCCAACGCGACCCAAACCUGGAGACAGAGUCACUCUGGGUUCCCAUGGCAACUCUGCUUUUCAGCCGAUCACAUCAAGCUGUAAGAUAGUUCCUCAAGGACAGCCACCCAGUCCUGCCGAGUCACCUGGGAAAUCAUUCCAACCAAUCACUAUGAGCUGUAAAAUAGUCUCAGGGUCUCCCAUCUCUACUCCCAGCCACUCACCGCUGCCCCGGACACCCACCGCCUCCACCCCUGCCCACAGCAAGCAGAGCUCCUCCUCUGUGCUAAACAACCCAUAUAUUAUCGUGGAUAAACCAGGCCAGGUGAUCAGCAUGGCUUCAUCUGCUUCCUCCACGGGAUGCCCCUCUGCCAAACAGACUCAAGGUGCUCGCUCUCCUGCGCCUAAAGUUCACACCGGCACCCUCCUCUCCUCAGGGGUUAAGGUUAUUAUCAAGCAGGAGCCAGGGGAAGUUUCAACACAGCAACAGCAGAUGGUUUCCACAGAAACCAGCCAGCAGCAACCUGCUGCUGCUGCAGCCCACCAGUUUGUCGCAGUGAAGGGAGGUCACAUGAUAUCUAUGUCGAGCCAGAAACAGACUGGAGGGGCCACAGGGUCCACAGCUAGUAAGAUGUUGGGUAUUCCUGUCAGCUCAACGCUUCAGUCUUCAGUGAAGCAGGUUGCCAUUAGUAGUGGACAGAUUCUGGUUGCCAAGGGCAACCCCUCUGUUUCUAAGGUGAUGGGUGGGAAGCAGGUUUUGGCUCAGGGAGUUGCUAAAGCCAUCGUCAGUGGAGCCAGUGGUGUCUCUGGUCAGCAGGCUGGUGGCAGGGCAGCCGGUGGCUCGGGUGGCAAGAGUGGAGUGAUGGCCACUCUUCAGCUCCCAGCAAACAACCUGGCCAACUUGGCUAAUUUACCUCCAGGUACCAAGCUGUACCUGACCACCAACAGCAAGAACCCAUCGGGGAAGGGAAAGCUGCUGCUUAUUCCACAGGGAGCCAUCCUCAGAGCCUCCAGUGCAAGUCAACAGUCCCAGAGCAGCUCUUCAGCAGGAGCAGGACAGAACUCAUCCUCUUCAGGCAGUUUGCCUUCCAACCUCUCCUACACAUCCUACAUCCUGAAGCAGACCCCACAGGGUACAUUUCUGGUUGGCCAGCCAGCUCAAGGAUCAGCGAAGCAGGGGGGUUCAGGGUCAGCAGGUCAUUCAGUAUCAUCGUCUGCAGCUGCUACCCAGCAGGCCAUCCGGGUGACCGCCGGACAGAAGGCAGCCAUAUUGGCUCAGGUGGUUGGCAGCUCACAGGGAGCACAGCUCAAGUUGUCUGACGGCUCUGUGAAGACAGUAACGGCAGCAGGAGUGGGCCACAUGUCCAAGCCUGGCACCACCACGUUGAGGAUGACGGGUGGAGUAAUCACAGCAGCCUGCUCCAGUUCUGCUGCUGCGGCCAGUCAACAGGCUGCUGAUGGUGGGAAGUCUGCCUCCCAGCACCACUCACUCCUGGUGUCAGCCAGCCAAGCAGCAGUAAUCAGCGCAGCCAGCAGCGGCAGCAUGUCCAAGACAGCUGUGGCCUCUUUGGUCAAAGGAGCAGGAAGCUCUGCCACGCUGAGCAAAAGUGCAGGAAGUUCAGCCGGUGCCGUACUGACAGUUGCAAAAGGGAUCACAAAUGUGCCCGCCAUGAGCUUGUCCAAAGGAGCUGGGACGGGGGCUGUGGGCGGGGUGUCCAAAAGCAGCAGCACACCAUUAGUUUCUGCAGCAUCAUUAGUCAGCGGGGUGGCAGCUGGAGGAGGAAAAACAAGUGCCACGCUAUCAGGUAUGUUGAAGAUCCACUCCGCAGGUUCCAGCUCCCAGCAGACAGUCCUAACCAUCCCUGCCAACCAGCUCAAGCAGCUCGGGGUUGGAACUGGCUCUGCUGGACUGCAAACCUUAUUCAUGCCUGUUGGCAAAGUUGUGUCUAAAGGUCCAGUCUCCAACACUCCUUCAUCCACAACCUCUGGAGCAGCUGGAGCUGGAGCCUCCCCAAGUCCUGCCAGCCAGGCUCCCCCCUCCCUUGUCCUGCCUCUGGCACAAGUGAAGACAGAGCCAGGUGCUGCUGCAGCCGGUCCAUCGCCGCCGGUGACGGCUGCUGCUCCAGCCUCGGCUCACGCUGCUUCUGCAGCCACCGCCGUCAAGCAGGAGCAAGGCGCAGAUAACUCUGCACACGACCUCAUCAACACCGAGCACAUAGAAACCAUGAUGCAGCUGCUGACUGCUGUUCUGAAGAAGUUCCCCCUGAUUGUACCAGAUAAGACUGAAGACUCUCAUCCAUUUUGUGCCUCUUCAGUAAAACAGUAUUAUUCUUGGACUAUUGGCAAACGCAGAGCAUCAGAGCUUCAGCGAGCCGUGGCAGUGAAACGGGUUGUUCAGGACGUGUUGGACCACUCACCUCGCCUGCAGGCCCUCACACCCCCAAAGACCAGAGAGGUGGUGCAGUGGUGCCGGCAGAGGGGCUACACGCCACCUGACCCCGAGCCCCAAAACAAGAACGAUGACGAGUCCAUGGAGGACAUUCUCACACAAAUAGACAGCGAGCCUGAGUGCCCGUCAACCCUCUGCAGCUACGAGCAGCUGGUGCUGCGGCUGGAGCAGAUGCAGGCUCUCCUCAAGACCGAACCAGAGGAGGAAGAUGAUGAAAUAGUCGACAUUGUCGCUGUGACCCCUGCCUGCCAGAAACUAAAGGUCAAAGAGGAAGAGCAGGAAGCUGAUGUGGAGCCUAAAUUCUUCCUGGGCCCGUCCAUUUCCUCUCAGUUUGUCGGUGAAGCAGCACAGCAGAUUGGCGUGACCUUUCAGCCGGUGGAGGUGGAGAAGAAUGUUUUUGCUCCGGUUGUCGAAGCCAUGAUUCUGAAGGCUACAGAGCAGUUUGCUAGUGAUAUCCUGAGAGAAGCUCUAGCUGGAGCCUACACUAAAUCCCCUCCAAACAGAGCUCCAAGAGAGGUCACGGCUAUGAACAUGCACCAGGCGGUCAGCAGUAUCCCCACCUGUGACUUCCUCACCAAUGCACACAUGGGUUACCAGUCGAAGGACGACUGAGGCGAAAGGAGACAUGGCAUGGAUUGGUAACGGACACACCUGGACAGACAGAAUCUGUCUGGCCCA